AUGGAGGACACGCCGACCAGCGCGCUUGUCAAGGUCGAAGAGCCUGAAUGGUCUCUUAGUCUUGCUCACUUGUCGUACGACCGCACUGGGCAAACGUCGUCAACAGGAAUGACACUGGGCCCAAUAGGAUCGUCACACUCGAUGAAGCAGGCGGUGGCAACUGUGGAGGACACGCCGACUAGCGCCGCGCUUAUCAAGUUCGAGGAGCCUGACUGGCCUCCUGGUUUCGCUGAUUCGCAACGCAACCACGUCGGACACUUCUCGUCAACAGGAAUGACACUGGGCCCAAUAGGAUCGUCACACUCGAUGAAGCAGGCGGUGGCAACUGCGGAGGACACGCCGACCAGCGCCGCGCUUGCCAAGGUCGAAGAGCCUGACUGGCCUCUUAGUCUUGCUCACUCGUCGUAUGAUUGCUCUGGACGAACGUCGUCGACAGGAGUGUUGACGCCAGGAUCAGAAGGAUUGCCACGCUCGAUGAACCAGGCGGCGGCAACUAGGGACCACACGCCGACUAGCACGGCGCUUGUCAAAGCCGAAGAUCCUGACUGGUCUCUCGAUUCUGCUCACUCGUCGUACGACUGGACCGGACAAUUGCCGUCGACAAGAGCGAUGUUGGACCCAGCAGGAUUGUCGCGCUCGAGAAGGAAGCCGAUGCUGUACCAACCUUACCCAGUCCGCGCCGACCGUACAGACGUGGCAUUUGGUGCGAAUGGCGCCACGGCUAAUAGUGCUGUAAAGCGCGAGAUCGUUCAUGCAUCGCCUGCACCGUUGGUGACCCCUGCACGGCCUGCGCCGCCCGAGACCCAUCGUCCCGUCGUCGGGAGUCAUAUCUAUGACGCCGUAGUUCAUUUCUUCUGGAUGACUGAGGUCAUCGGUGAUAUUGUUCGAGAGAAGGCGCGUGUACUUCAGACGACCACGUGGAUGCAUGCAAUGGAUUUGAUCUGCGAUAGGGCAGGAGAAACCAGGAUGCGCAAGGCGAUCCGUCCAGGGCAAGAUCAAUGCCUCAUGACAAGAUGCCAUUGUCCGAGGCACAUCGCAAGGUGCCGCGUUUUAGCUCUUGAUUGGCUCGCGAAAGGGACGAGGACCCGUACCAAGAAGGCUGUAUCUCCAGACGAGGUUGAAGACUAUCUCAUCAUCUCUCAGCUCUGCAAGUGGUAUCUCUAUCGCUCGGAGUUCUCCACUCUUGUAGAGGAAAGCGCGCGCAGAUCGGCAUUCUGCGAGCGCGUCGAUCUGCGUCUGCCUGUCGCGUUCCCAGACAUCGGUACGGCACACGUUCGCUUCGCACUAUCCCAGUACUUUGCGCCGACUCGCCAGCCGGAGUAUAUGCUAGUGCAAGAAACUGAUUUGCCGAAGAUUGUCCCGAAGCAGGAGAUGGAGUCUCAAGCACAAGAGCUCGAUGCCGUCUCCAGCUGCGGGACUUUACUCUCUUUCACGAGUUCUGGUGGUCAAUCGCCGGCCGCGCCCGUGAUAAGUGUCAAGGUUGAUCUCGACGAUGAUGAAGAGAAGGAGCUAGUAAUUCGUUAA